UUGCUCCUGUAGUCACACGGAUAAAUAUUCCAUUGACCGGGGUCCGAGUGAACUACAGCGCUCGCUCCAGCGGAGUUAUAUCGAUGAGGACCGCACUUCUUCAGUGGGGGAAAUGUAUCCUGUUUUUCAGUUAAUCACAGUGGGUAUUAGAUAAUUGUGAUCUCUUCCGACAAGGCGUCAAAGAUGUGUUGGUGAAAUCCUCAUCUCACCACUGUAACGGGCUGCGCGCAGCUCAGCUCUCUGUCUCACCUGUGUGCGCGUCUGAUUUGGAGACUCCACACAGCGCAAACGAUGUAAGAACAAGCAGGAGAUGAAUCUAACGAAUUUUUACUCAUAUUUUGGACAUUUAUUUUCUACGAAUAUUUCACUUGAGGGACCUCAACAUGAGCUCAACAACUGGAGUUUACCGGAGGAUACCAAACCCUACCCGGACUUGUUCUUAUUUUCGGGACACGAACCGAGUACCAUCGUGUUGGUGGUUAUGUACUCGGUGUCCUUCCUCACCGGGCUCGGAGGGAACAUCAUGGCUCUCCUGGUCCUCACCCGAAAGAGGACCGGUCUGGCGGGGGUGUCGGCGACCCGCAGACUGCUGGUCAAUCUGGCGGUGUGUGACAUGAUGGUGGUGUGUGUGUGCAUGCCAGUUAAUCUGGGACACCAGGUCUACAACGCCUGGGUGUUCGGGGAGUUUCUGUGCCGCACCGUGCCGUUCGUUCAGGCUGUUUCGGUGUCUGCGAGCGUCCUGAGCCUGGCCGUGAUCAGUCUGAACCGCUACUACAGCGUGCACAACCCUCUACACGCCCGGUCCUUUUUUACCGGGCGGCGGAUACUGUGUAUGAUCUGUGUGGUGUGGAUCGUGUCGUCGGGGUUGUGCAUACCGCUCUUCUUCAUGAAUACCACCCAGACUCUAUCGCUGCUGGACAUCACCCUCACUGUGUGCGUGGAGAGCUGGAACGAAGUCAAACUGAAACAGAGAUAUAGCUUUCUGCUCUUCUGCUCUCUCUAUGGAUUCCCUGUGUUGUUUAACCUGGUCAUCAGCGUGCUGACCGGCUGGAAGCUGUGGGGCACCGACGAAAAACGGACGCAAGAUUCGAAUACAUUUGGCGUUACGCUAUCACUGUCCCGUCUGAAAGUGCGUAAAAGGAUCGCCAAGAUGGUGCUGUCGCUGGUUGUGCUUUUCACCCUGUCUUGGCUACCUCUGUAUGUAGUGGACAUAUGGUUAGACUUUAACAUGACUUCAUCUUUAGAGAAAGAGGAGGAUGAUGUGAACCAUAUAUACCACGAGUGGAUUCUACAGGGGAGACCCUUCGCGCUAUGGCUGGGUCUAACCAACUCCGCUCUCAACCCGCUCUGUUAUUGCUUUGUGGGUAACUUACACAGGUCUGCAAAACGAUUCAGGAAAAGCUACAGACAGAAACUGUCGUCAUUGUUAAGUCUGUCGCCACAGCAGUCCUCUAUGCCUAUGGGCAGCACCUCAGUGCCCAAGCUCGUGCCCUAUAGCAGGGCGCAAUCGGAGAAGCGCGGCGCAGAGAGGCGCGCAUCGAACAGAUAUGCCAAUCCAGGCAACAAACUAACCAAAAGCAAGAGCCUGUCGUCUGUGACAGUGUGUGAGACUGUUUUUGACUGAUUGACAGACAGACAGAUCAAAUGUAGGCCUACCUGGUAUAUCACAUACUUAUUUGUCCAAUGGACAGGAAAACAUUCGUCCUACAGUUCAAAAUAGGAUAUUCUGUGAAAAUGUGUGUCUGUUUUCCAACGCAAUCUCCGAAGCAAAUGGAGAUAUUUGCCAUAACUGAGAUUAUAGAGUGUGUUGCCCUUUUAAUUAUGAAGUGUGGUGCCGUCUUUAUUAUGGAGUGUGUUGGAGUGUGUGCCCCAUGAUUCCAGGACUGUUGAUGAAUCAAACGGUCGAUGUAAAUGCGGUCCUAUAAAUGAGGUCCUAUGUAUGAGGUCCUAUACCUAAUGAUCUUUGGGGAUUUGGUUUCACUGAAUCCAAUUUCAAAUGAAAGAUAUUUGAUGUUGUUCUCAUGGAGUGUACACAAUAAUGACGUGCAUCUCAUUAAAUAUUUGUGCAAAAGGCUAGUUGCCUUUAUUUCGUGAUUUAAAAUAACAAUCACAUUUAUACUGUAUGUGUAGGCUACAAUGUCUAGCCUAUUCCCUGUUUAAAUAGUAUUAUUACAUUUGUAAUUGAUCCCUAAGUCCUACGAAGUAGAACUCAUUCCAUUCCAAAGUCAAGAACAAAAUGAGCUGUAUCCAAAACUUAAAUCUCGUCAAUUAUAAUGAAACCAUUAUGCAUUAUUUCAAUUAUAAAGCUAAUAUUGUAUGACUAUCAUCAUAAUCUGCAGUUAUAAAUCCAUUCAAAUUGCUUCCAUAAUUGUGUUAAAUUAGAUUAUUAUUAUACUACUAUCAUCAUCUUUUAUAUUCAUAGUAAUUAUUCCAAGUCCAUUCAAAUUGCCUCCAUAAUGAGCGGUAGAGGGUCUAGAUUAGAGUCUAGAUGGAUAUCUCCAUUCAUUAUUUCUCUGGCGAGGCUGUGACGCGGGUCUCUUGGCAGACGGAUCGCUCCCUGCUGAAUGGCACCGUGACGAGUUGACGAGUGUGAUGUGGCCCCGCAGGCGGCCGGGACAUGGAGCCCGAUGUCCGGAUUAAUGGUACUGGUGAGACGGCCUGAUCCAUGGUCUGUGGUUGUCUAUCGCUGGGAAACGAAAAUCCCAUGUUGAAGCAUAUAGCGGAGCCCUGGCACCAAAACCAAUCUCCUACCAUCUGCAGUUAUUAGCUAUGUUCCCAUUAACUUUUCCAGUGAUUUUUUUUUUGUAGAAAGUUCGCAUAGAAAAUAGAUUCGACAACUGCUACGGUUCGUUUCCAUGUAACAAUCUUGUGUCAAUUAAAAACAACUAUAGACGUAAUGAUGUCACACAAAAGAACACUUUCGCAAAAACCUACAGUGUCGAAUAAAAAUGAAGUGGUUGUUUCCAUUGCCCAUUUAGGCAAAUUGUGCGUUAAUAAACUGGAAACAGCCUGUAUUCUCCCCACUAUCUGUUUUAUGUAUCGGUUUGCCAGGUGUGGAAAAUCUUCACCCUGACAGAAUUCUCCCCGCUCUUCGCGUGAACGCGCACACACUCAAUUCUUCAUUGUUGCAAUUUGCUUGCUAGUUGUGAUUUCUGCUCUUCACGCGGUUGUCAGUUUAGCCUACAUUUCACUGAUUUUAGUAGCAGAAAGCUUUUUUUAAUUUGUGUCCUUCAAGGCCGCUGUCAAA